AUGUUUGAUGUUUUGUUAGACGAGAAUCAACUGGAGGAUGCAUGCGAGCAUCUGGCCGACUACCUGGAAUCGUACUGGAGAGCGACACAUCCACCUGUCAAAUCACCUCCUCGAAUUAAGCGUAAUCCGAUGGAGAAUCGAGGACCGUCAACGCUAUUCACACCUUCACAAAUGAUGCAGGGGAUGGGUGGCCAAUCACCAUCAGUAUCAAUAGUCGGUUCGCCAAACAUGAAUGUUCAAGCGCCAGCACAACAGAGAAGCCCGCAACAACAACGUGUUCCGACGAUCAAUCUGCCUCCGGUACAGUACGAUGAGCCAAUUCAGAAUCCAGGGAUGUACCAGGAACCGCCGCGACCAACGCCGAUGCAGAACGUAUCUCAACGUCAAAUGGCGCAACGUGAGGACAAACAUGGCUUCGAUGACUACGAUGACGAGGACUUCCAUAGUGACAUUCACGGCGCUGGAUAUGAAUUUCACAGCAAUUACAGAUAUUAA